AUGCCAUCAUUACAACUUCUGACGCAUCUUUCGGAUGACUUUUGCCAGAUUCUGGAACAAAUGGAAGAAUACAACACCAUGAUAUUCGUAGGCCAAGAAUCGGAUAUCCGCGUGUUCCAUGCGCAUUCGAUUGUUUUGAAGGCUCGAUCGGAAUAUUUUCGUGCCGCAUUUGCGAAAGAUUGGGCAAAAAAAGAUGGACGGUUUUAUUGUUUUCGUAAACCUAACAUAUCACCGGCUGCCUUUGAAAUGAUAUUGAAGUAUUUAUAUACGGCAAAGAUCGAAGUGGAAGACAAGGACGUAACAUAUCUCUUGGAUGUAUUGGUGGCAGCAGAUGAACUGUUGCUCACCGAAAUGACAGAUUGUAUCGAAUCCUAUCUCCUCCAAAACAAGGCUGAAUGGCUACGGCAGAACUAUUUCGCUCUAUGGUCUAAAACAAAACAGGCUGAAUUCUGCGGCAAAUUACAAGAAUGUUGCAAGAAAACAGUAUGUCACGAUCCACGAUACCUAUUCGAAUCGGAUGACUUUUUGUCUCUCGACGAGGAGCUCCUGAUCUCUUUCCUGCAAAUGGAUGAAAUGCAGAUAGACGAAAUCGAUGUGUGGAAAUAUGUGUUGAAAUGGGGGUGCAGACGUAUCGAAAAGGAGAGCGAGAACGUUCAUGAAUGGACAGCUGAAGAUUUUGCUGCAUUGGCCGAUAAGCUGCAACCAUUUUUCAAUCACAUACGAUGGCAUUACAUGUUGUCGUCCGACUUUUAUGAUAAAGUGUGGCCAUUCAGACAGAUACUACCCGAACCUCUGUUAAACGACAUUUUACAAAGCCACUUUGAUCCGGAAGCGGCGUUUUCGUCAGCGGUAAGCCUACCGCGUCGGAUUCCAUUCGAAUCGGAAGUCAUUACAAGCGAGCAAGUGUCACAUAUAGCCGCAUGGAUAGAUCGUACAGACGAAUCGUAUAGAGAGUACGAGUGUCCUUAUACGCUGCAUUUGUUGUUAAGGGGAAGUAGAGAUGGAUUUGAUGCAGAGACAUUUCACGAUCUGUGCGAUGAGAAGGGCCCAACAAUAGUAGCGGUAAAAGUGCGAAAUUCGGGACAGAUUAUCGGAGGGUAUAAUCCCAUACAAUGGGUUGUCGGUAGCGGUCACAUUGCUACUUCUGACAGUUUCAUAUUCUCAUUUCCCUCAUUUGGCGUAGUUACCGGAGCGCGAAUGUCUAGGCCUCAUCGGUCUAAUUAUGCUAUCCGAUUAAACGAAAGGACUCAUGGAGCAUGCUUCGGGGACAAGGAUCUCUGGAUGAGUAACGCCUUUAAUGAGGAUGAAAGCUGUUCUUGUCAACAAGAUGAUUAUUCGGAAGCCAUUACGUCAAUGACAAAAUUCUCUGCCGAAGAAUAUGAG